AUGGUGGUGGAGGAAGAAAAGAGCAUAGAGGAAGGGCUUUUACAGCUCAAUAACCAAAACGGCGAUUCAGAUUGUCGUAUUACCCUAUGUGUUAUCCUCAGCACUUUCGUCGCCGUCUGUGGCUCCUUCUCCUUUGGUGUUUCUAUUGGUUAUACUUCAUGUGCAGAGAUAGGAAUUAUGAAGGACAUGGAUCUUUCCAUCGCACAAUUUUCAGCGUUUGGCUCAUUGUUCACGGUGGGAGCUGCCGUCGGUGCACUGUUCAGCGGUACAAUGGCGAUUAUCCUCGGCAGAAGAGGAACAAUGUGGGUCUCCGAUAUCCUCUGCAUCACUGGUUGGCUAUCCAUUGCUUUCGCUAAGGAUGCGAUGUGGCUGAACUUCGGAAGAAUCUCCUCAGGGAUAGGAAUCGGCUUCAUUAGCUAUGUGGUACCUGUCUAUAUAGCAGAAAUUACGCCAAAACAUGUUCGUGGUACAUUUACCUUUACAAACCAGCUUCUUCAAAACGCUGGAAUCGCCAUGGUUUUUUCUUUUGGGAAUUUCAUCAAUUGGAGGACGAUGGCUCUAGUAGGUGCUUUACCAUGCUUCAUUCAAGGAAUCGGUUUAUUCUUCGUUCCGGAAUCCCCAAGAUGGCUGGCAAAAGUUGGUAUGGAUAAAGAACUAGAAAAUUCACUGCGGCAUCUUAGAGGGAGAGAUGCUGAUAUUUCACGUGAAGCCUCAGAAAUUCAAGUUAUUGCAAAAAUGGUAGAAGGUGAUUCAAAGUCGAGUUUUUAUGAUUUGUUCCAGAGAAAGUACAGAUACACUCUCGUGGUAGGAGUUGGGCUAAUGUUCGUACAACAAUUCUCAGGAAGUUCGGCUGUAAUCUUUUAUGCAAGUACCAUUUUUAGAAAAGCUGGUUUUCCGGUGGCCAUUGGAUCAACAGUGCUAGGCCUCUUCAUGAUACCAAAAGCCAUGAUUGGUCUAGUUCUUGUCGAUAAAUGGGGCAGACGGCCCCUCUUGUUGACUUCUGCGUCUGGGAUGAGCAUAACUUGCAUGCUUCUUGGGCUCGCCUUCGCACUACAGAAAAUGCAUCUGCUUUCGGAACUAACUCCAGUAUUCACGUUUUUAUGCAUAUUGCUGUAUAUUGCAACUUUUGCAAUAGGCUUGGGAGCCCUCCCUUGGAUAAUCAUGUCGGAGAUAUUUCCAAUGAAUAUAAAAGUAACAGCAGGGAGUAUUGUCACGUUAGCCUCAUGGACAAGUAGUUCGGUCGUCACUUACGCUUUCAACUUUCUCUUCGAGUGGAGUACUCAAGGCACAUUUUAUAUAUUCGGGGCUAUUGGAGGAGCAGCGCUGCUUUUUAUUUGGUUGCUUGUUCCGGAAACAAAAGGAUUAUCACUUGAAGAGAUACAAGUUUCGUUUACUCGUCAGCCCGACGAAAUAAAUCAUACUUAA